AAAAGGUAAGCAGACAACAUCCGCCUUACUUCAUCCCAUUGAAAGGCAAAAAUGGCAACAGAGCAAGCUUCUGCUUCCAUCCAAGUGGGGUUCGUUGGCCUGGGUGCCAUGGGUAGUGCCAUGGCACCCUGCCUCGCACGCUUCCUUAGCACAAAAGGUCAAGUACUCUACGUGUACAACCGCGAUCCUUCGAAGACGGAAUCCUUGCUAUCGGGCCCAGAAUCUGCGAACUUCCGCGCAGCCAGCGGGCUAGAGGACAUUGCAAAGAACUGCAACGUCAUCUUUACAAUGCUAGCUCAUGAUGCAGCGGUGAAGGACGUCAUGGGCAAGGUCGUGGAGUUCUUGAAGUCGGCAAAUGCUGCCGAUGAUGGGCAUCAGCAGCAGCCGCGCGUUUUCGUAGACUGCAGCACGGUCAGCCCGGACACUACCCGGGAGAUGAGCGCCGCUGCUGAGGCCGCGGGGGCGCUGUACAUUGCUUGCCCUGUGCUUGGAAGGCCCGAUGCCGCUGCCGCCGCGAAGCUGCUGCUCUUCUGCGCAGGACCCUCCGCCGCCAAGGAGGUCGCAAUGCCGUACAUCAGUUCCCUGGGUCGCAAGGUGUUGGAUCUGAGCGAUGAGGCCCCCAAGGCCAACAUCAUGAAGCUGCUUGCCAACUUCCAUCUGGUGUCGCUCAUUGAGCUGCUGGCGGAGGGAAUGACACUGGCGGAGAAGAACGGCAUCUCACGCGACCUCUACUCCUCCUUCAUCUCGGAGAUGCUGCCCGCCCCCAUCGUGACCGGCUACUGCGGCCGCAUGGCGGCGGAUGCCUUCCAGGCGGGUCAGGGCUUCACGGUCACGUUGGGACUCAAGGAUGUCAACCUGAUGCGCCAGCUGGCUGAGCGCAGCGAGGCGCCCCUGCCCCUGGCUGACGUGGCGUUCAACCACCUUCUGGCCGCCAAGGCCGGGGGGCUGGCGGACAAGGACUGGUCGGCACUGGCACUGGCGGUGCGGGAGGCAGCGGGGAUGAAGCAGCAGUAGGAGUGAGGGGGAGGAAAGCAGACGUUGGUCGAGCUGUCUAAAUCGACAGUUUCGAAGACAAGGGGUUGAGCCUGGCUUGGCUAAUGGUAGGACCACGUGCCGAUUCUUAAGCUGUGUUACAAAGUAUGUAAUUUUGUUCGCUGCCAUGGGACGUAAUUUUUAAUGUGCUUUGGGGGUCAAAGAUCAGGGUAAAGAAGCUGUUAUAGGGUGGCUGUUUUGUGGAUGAAUGCUGUCCAAUAAAUGGCGAACGUCACUGCGUCGCGUGGAUAGGCAUCUCGAUGCGAAUUCGAUACAAUCGCUUACUGAUACACACUAGACCCAUGAUAAGGCCAACAUGUUCGUGCUGGAAACCUAAACCUCCGGGACAGCUUUCUAGUGGCGUUCAAGUGAGCAUUGACAGGGUUAUUGGUUUGCUGGAUAGGCCAGGUGUUCACAUCACUUGCUACACGCAUGUGCGUGGCGUAGCCGAGUUUUACAUAAUGUCACCAGCCGGCGUAAGGAAGUGCCACGCAAGUGUAUGUUCUUGUCAUACACCAUCUCGUUUGCCCCUUCAUCCAAGGGCACAACAAUGUAUGGUGGGGCUUUGCACGAUCAACCUUGAGCAAGGCCUUACCCAAGGAAUUGAGGUUGUAGUAUUGGGAACCCUGGUACGUCAU